AUGAAUGUGCAAGUGGGUAGAUGCUAUGAUUUUUUUCGCAAAAUACGGCCAAAAUUAUCUGAUGAAUCAACUGUUUAUCCCGAAAGCACUACCACAACAACAGAAUCAGAGGCGAAAUCUACUACACACGACCAUACGAGCGAGUAUGAGAAAUCUACUACACACGACCAUACGAGCGAGUAUGAGAAAUCUACUACACACGAUCAUACGAGCGAGUAUGAGAAAUCUACUACACACGAUCAUACGAGCGAGUAUGAGAAAUCUACUACACACGAUCAUACGAGCGAGUAUGAGAAAUCUACUACACACGAUCAUACGAGCGAGUAUGAGAAAUCUACUACACACGAUCAUACGAGCGAGUAUGAGAAAUCUACUACACACGACCAUACGAGCGAGUAUGAGAAAUCUACUACACACGACCAUACGAGCGAGUAUGAGAAAUCUACUACACACGACCAUACGAGCGAGUAUGAGAAAUCUACUACACACGACCAUAUGAGAGUAAAAUAG